AUGCCUUCUCGGGGAGUACAAUCACCGCGCUCUGCAGAUGAUAAUGUCACAUUGAUGGAUCCCCUUCCAAACACUACGGAUACCUCCAUGGACACGCUCUCAUCCCAAGCGAGGCAGCUGCUCGAGAAGACAGUUUCGAACUACACCGAGAGGUAUGGUGUCGGAUUGAUGAGCGAUUCCAUCUACGACACGGCCUGGGUAUCUCUCAUCCAGAAGGAAGUAGACGGACAUCGCCAGUGGCUCUUCCCCGAAGCGUUCGAUUAUCUUUUAGAUCGACAGGGCGAGAAUGGCGGCUGGCAGGUCGGAGGUCCUACAAUUGAUGGCAUCUUGAAUACGGCGGCCUCCCUCCUCUCGCUGAAACGACACCUCUCGGAGCCGCUGCAGAUGCAAUCCUUCUCUCAGCAGGAUUUGAAUAACCGGAUUGUCCAUGCCACUGCCAGCCUUGACGAGCAACUCCAGGAAUGGGACGUAGAAAACACGCAGCACGUCGGCUUUGAGAUUCUCGUGCCUGCUCUGCUAGAGCUGUUGGAGAAGGAAGGGAUCUCUUUCACCUUUCCUGAUAAGAACACCCUGGACCGAAUCAACCGCAUCAAACUCGCCAAGUUCAAGCCCGAGGUCCUUUACUCGCCUGUCAAGACAACGGCUUUGCAUUCGCUGGAGGCCUUCGUCGGAAAAGCCGACUUUGAUCGCCUCGCGCAUCAUACCGUCCAUGGGUCUAUGAUGGGAUCGCCGUCCUCGACGGCGGCGUAUCUGAUGUACGUAUCCAGAUGGGAUGAUGCUGCCGAGGCGUAUCUCCGCCAUGUCUUUGAGCGUGGAAAUGGAGGUGGCCUGGCGCGUAUCCGACAACGUAUUUCACGUUCACCUGGGUACGUUGCUCCUCUUGUCUCAUCUGGCGCCUCUGAUCAUCCUGCUAGAUCCUGUCCACCUUGCUUGAGGCGGGAUUCACCCGCGAAGAUCUGUCCUCGUCAGCACUGGAUAAAAUGGAGACGAUUCUGGAACGGGGCUUUGAGGAGGAACAGGGCCUGCUGGGAUUUGCUCGGCUCCGACGCAGACGACACCGCAAAAGCCAUCUUGACCCUGAACUGUUUGGGAAAGGCAGUGUCCCCUGAUUCCCUGAUCCGAGAGUACGAAACACUCACCCACUUUCGGACGUACGCCUUUGAGAGAGAUCCAAGCUUCAGCGCCAAUUUCAACGUGCUUAUUGCCCUGCUGCACGUGUCGGAUCCUGCAAAGUACUGUCCCCAGAUUGAGAAAUGCGCUCGUUUUCUCUGCAAGCUGGCGUGGGAAACGGAUGGCUUUGUAAGGGACAAGUGGGCAUGUUUAUCUAUUAAUAUUGCCACGGGACUCUUUCGAGACAGUACUGACCGAUUGCAGAAUUUAUCCAGGUACUAUUCCAUCAUGCUCAUGGUCCAAGCCUUCACCGACCUGCUAGAGCUGUGGAGUAAUGGACCGCUGUCCGCCAUCCCGGACGACCUGAUCCGCGACAGAGCAUAUAUCCUGCUUUUCCAGUCUGUCCAUCGCAUAAUGCUGAGUCAAGAAGAUGAUGGCUCAUGGAACCAUUCUCGCGAAGAGACGUCGUACGCCAUAUGCACUUUGCUAAAAGCGUCAACUCUCCCCUUUUGGGAACUGUUCGCGUCGGAGCUGAAGCUCGCUAUCGCCCGUGGACGAGAAUUCCUCCAGUCUUCACCAGCCGACAAACCCGGGUAUCUUUGGAUUGCAAAAGUGACCUAUGCCUCCGAUGUGCUGUCCGAGUCGUACGUCCUUGCUGCUCUUCGCACACCCACGGCACUGCACAGAAUCCGCACCGGCAGCCUCGAGCCCUCUGAGCACACUAUAUCCAGAAUCGAGAAUUACAUCCCGUUCUAUCGCCAAACACCGCUGUUAGCGUCCGUGCCCGAGUGGCAGCUACGUGCCUCCCUCUUCGAAGGCUAUCUCUUCCAGCCGGCCCUCCGCAGGCGCCGGCUGGAUGUAUUCCCCCGCAAAAACAUGCCAGAGGACAAGUACUUCGAGUACAUACCGUUCACGUGGACGGGAUGCAGCAAUCGAAAUCGCACGUUUGCCUCGGCGGACUUUUUGUUCGAGAUGAUGGUCCUUUCGUUCCUGAACUACCAGGCGGACGAGCACAUGGAGGCUGCAGGGAGACGCUACGCAGGGGAUCUGUCUGGCCUGAGCCAGAUGAUCGAUGAAGUCUUUCAGCGGCCAGCAGCAGGCGAAGCAGAUACCACAGAAGACGACAUCCGAGGCCCACUGACCAAGUUCGUCAGGUACUUCCUGACACAUCCCCGUGUGCUCCAGGCCAGCGAAUUCGACCGAGCGUCCCUGCGACGAGAGCUGAAGCGCUAUCUCCUGGCGCAGGUAGCCCAGACCGAAGACAGCCGCUUGUUGCAGGAGACGCGACAGGGCAAGACAGCAACGACAUGGGAGUCCUUCUUCCACUGGGUGCGGUCGACGGCGGCGGAUAACAGCUCCUGUCCGUACGCCUUUGCGUCGGUGGCGUGCUUCCUUGGCGACAAAGAUCGGGACUGUUUCGAGGGGGCAGAGGAGAAGUUCAUUGCCAGCGACGUGGGCCAGCAUCUGGCGAGCAUGUGUCGCAUGUACAACGAUUUUGGAUCGGUGGCCCGGGAUAGAGAGGACCAGAAUCUCAACUCGAUCGAUUUUCCCGAGUUUGCGGAUAACCACACCGAUCAAGACGAAAGGACCGCCAAGGAAGUCCUUUUUCGUCUCGCGCAGUACGAACAGAGUUGUCUGGACGCUGCGAUGGCGCGUUUGGACAAGCUGUGCAGGGACGACGCGCGCAAGAGGCGCAAGCUGGAUAUUUUCCGCGUGUUCUGCUCGGCUACGGACCUGUACGGGCAGAUUUAUGUUCAAGGCAGGGAUUAUUAUAUUCAUGUUGAAUUGCAAUAUAUUGAUAUUACUAUCAAUCAGACACUCUAUAAAAUACAAGUUAGAUCUUUCUUUCAAUGGGCAUGCAUUGAUCCUUCGCAGUACUCCAUGUAUACAGGUCAGUUCGUACAUUCCAUACUUCCACCAACACAACAGAAUCGACAAGAUAUUCACCCUCCUCAAUCAGCAGAACAUUCAAACGACUUAAUCAUUCAUCCAUCUCUCACUUUACAUCAUAAAUUGAAGUACAUUAUUCCAUGUUCUGCAGGUAUUCUUCAGGGCAAGUCACAUUACCCCAUCAUCGGCAAAUCACUCUCCACAACUGCCGAAGGCCAGACAACUAAGACAGUGGAGCGCCAUUACCAUCAUCAACACCCCAGAAGAGAAGAGACUAGAAGGUACGGUAUUACUCCGGAGUAG